CUCAUUUUCACGUUUUCAAAAGAAACGAAAAAGAUUUUAAAUCUGUAACAAAGUCUAUUCACCCCCCCUCUAGACUUUGUAUUUCACCACUUUGGGACCACCAAUUGGUAUCGGAGCUAACUUCUCACUAUCUACGUUUAGAUUAACGAGAAGCGAUCAUAAUGGUGAACAAUAUGGAUCACGGUUUGCCCAAGUUUUCUCUCUUAUGUUAUGAUGAUUGGAAGAUCAUGAUGGAAGCACAUCUCUACGCUCUACAUGACUGCAUGUGGAUGGUGCUUGAGGAUGGACCCUUGAAAAUCCAAAUGGAGAAUCCUGAGGGGAAUCUAGCAACUCCUGAUGUAAUCCAGUACAUUCCAAAGCCCAAGGAAAAAUGGUAUGAUAGAGAUUGUAAAAAGCACAAUCUGGACAACGUCGCCAAAGCAGCCAUCUUCAAGACACUUGAUCCCAUCCCCUUCUCCAAAAUCAAGCAUCUCAAGACUGCCAUGGAAAUACGGCAAGGUCUUGGGAAGCUAUGUGAGGGAUCAGAGGACUUGAGAAAGCAGAAGAUAGAAGUCCUACUUGAGAAGUUCAAAGGCUUAAAAAUGCUUCCCGGAGAAUCAUUUGAUAUGUUGGAUGAAAGGUUCCACAAAAUCUUGAAUGAUCUUGCCUCACUUAACCACGUUCUUUCUCCCAAAGAAAAGAAUGUAAGGUUGCUGAGAUCACUCCCAACUGAGUGGUACACCAAAGCCACAGCCAUGGAAGAAGGAAGAAACCUGGAAAACUAUACUGUUCAAGGUCUCCUUGAUGAACUCAGAACCUAUGAGCACGAGCUGAAAAAGAAGAAGGAAGAACAAGUCACUCCCUUCCCCACAACAUUGAUGACAACUUCAAGAAUUCCAUCAAGUGAAGAGACAUGCACAAGAAACUGUGACACACCUUUCUCUAGCCAGCCGUCAAGCUCAAAAAUGGAGAACUACGAAGAGGAUUUUGCCAUGAUGGUCAAACAAUUCCGGAAGUUCAAGAAGUUCUUCAAGAAGGCUGAUUCAAUCAGAAGGCCAUCCAAGGGAAAGCCACAGGUAAGUGACUCCCCUCGUGAAUCUUAUUUAUGUUAUAACUGCAGGAAGCCUGGCCACUGGAAUUCAGCAUACCCGUACCCAAAAGUGGAGAAGUACGGAGAAAGAGAAAGGAUCGAGAAGAAAAAGAAAGCAAUGGUUGCUGCUGAAAGUGACGAGUCAUCCAGCUCAAGCUCGGAUGAAGAAGCCCUCGUCUGCAUGGAGCGCAGAGUUGAGAAGUCCAACCAUGAGGAUAGGUGGACUAUGUCAGAAGAUGACACUCUCUGCCUAAUGGCCAAAGAUGAUGCUGAUCAAGAGGUAACCUCACAAACCUCCUGCUCAUCUUCUUAUAGCACACCAACUUCUGAAAAUCUUUUUGACCAGUUCAAAAAGAUGAUGAAAGACUUUGAGGAGAUAAAUCUCAAACACACAUCCUUAACAGAAGAGAACAAACUAUUGAGCGAAGAGAAUCUCAAGUUGACUGAAAGUCGGAAAAGUCAACUGAAUGAGAUCACUCAACUCAAGACUGAAAAUGAAUCUCUCUCUGAAAAGGAAGCCGCUAAGUACCCAGGUGUCUGGUACUUAGACAGUAGCUGUUCAAGACACAUGACGGGUGAUGCGAGCCUUUUGAGCAAUCUAAUUCCCUAUGAUGGUCCAAGAGUUUCUUUUGGAGGAAGCAAUGAUUUCGGCCUCACUAAAGGGCUAGGAAAUCUGGUGUACAAGGGACUAACCAUCCAAGCUGUAUCUUAUGUUGAAGGACUCAAUUAUAACCUUCUUAGCAUAAGUCAGUUUUGUGAUAAAGGUUACUCCUUUGAAUUCUGCAAGAAUAUGGCAUCUCUCAAGAACAUCUCCACAAAUAAAGUCAUUCUCACUGGGAAGAGAAUCAGAAACAUCUAUGAAGUAAUAUGGAGCGAUGUCAAGGAAGCAUGUCUAAUCAGCAAAGGAGAAAACAGAGCUAGCGCUAGUGCCACUGCAGAAGAAAGCUCAUCAGACAAUGCUCCACUCAUCAAUUUCGCAAAGACUACCAAGAGAAAGCAUGUAGUGUCUCCCUCUCCCAGUGCUGACGCACCACAAAAUCUUGCUCCAAUAAAUCUUGAAGAAGAAGAAGAAUCCUCUGACCAAGGAGAACUUCAAAGGAAGAAGAAGAGGAAGAUCAACUCUCCAUCAACAUCUGGAAAUGUCAAUCCGGAUAAGUUGAAGGAGAAGGAACCUGCUGAGGAAACCUCUGCUCAAAACCGGAGCCCUCAACAACUUGAAGAAGAAAUUCCUCAAGUCCAAAGCCUUCCAACCUCAUCACCUCAACUUCAAAGAGAUGAUGCAGAUAACCAAUUCUGGCAGCUCUACUAUGGUUGGAAAGCCUGGAAAGUUGGAAAUUCAGCAGAGCAACUUUUGAAUUGGGACCAACAACUGAAGAAUGAGAAGAUCAUCAAAAAGUGCUUAGGAAUACCAGUCAACCACAACUGUGAACAAAUUUUGGAUGACUACUGGGUAUGGCAAAGGAAUCCUGAAGACUUGCAUCUGGAAUACCUGGCCAACACACCAGUUUCAGACUUUGAAGCAGAUGAUGAAGAUCCUGCAGUCUUCAAGUCAGUCUUCUCAAAAGACACAGAAGAUCAAGUGGUUUUCACUUCUGAAGCACAAGGUGUUUUGGAAGCAGCAGCUGAAGAUUCCCAAACACUUCCAGAAACCUCACAUGUUACUGAAAUGGUUCUAACUGAAGUUGUAGAAGAGAAGGCAACCUCACCCCCACAAGAACAGAACCAGGAAACAACAGAAGAAGAAGAAUUUCAGCCACUAAUCCAAUCUCAAUUAGCUCUUCCAGAAACAAUGGAGCAAGCUGUUGAAGCACAAAGGAAUUCAGGAGAAGCUGAAAAGGAAACUCAAAUGGCAGAACUAGAGGUCUCUCAAACUCCAGUAGCCAUUUUUGAAGAAGAGAAUACAGCUGAAGAAAGAGACUCCCUCUCUAGGGAUAUAUCAAAUUUUGCGCUUGAAGCAGAAGGAGAGUCUGAAAGAACACUGAAGGUUACUGAUGAAGAAGAUGUACAAGAAGAUGCUGAAUCUCUUCCUAUGCAACUCUUCCAAAGAACACCACCAUCUCAUCAGGUAACCAAUUUUCAUUUCCAUAGCUCUUCCACCCCUACUCUUCCGGAUGAGAUACCGGAAAUCUGGACAAACAAGGUCCAAGGGCUGAUUGAAUCAGCCCUAGCAUCUCAACAUGCCUCCUUUAGCCAAGAGAUAGAGCAAAUGGAAGUCAGGCACACCCAGCUGAUAGAGAAAUCUAAAGGAAAACACAGCGCAGAUCUCAAAGAAAUAAGCAAAUCAGUGCACAAGACUCUGGAGAUUAUCUCUCUAUUGAGUGAAACUGUGAGCAACACAAUGGAAAUAUAUGCCUCUGACAGUCAACUUCAAUUCAAAGAGAUCAACAAAGUCAAAGAGCAAAUAGCGAGUGUCACAGUUAGUCUCCAAAAACAGAUGUCCCUUCUCCAAAUGGACAUCAGAUCAGCUCUAGCAGUAGCUUCUGCAAAUCAGGUAGUGACCAAAGACUACUUGAAGGUGAUCAUUGACAAUCAAAAGGAAGCAUACAAGCUGUUCAGACUUAUUGGCGCAAAUUCUGGAAACCGCAAGAUGGAAGAUAUACAACAUGGAAACACUACUGAUCUGUCUUUUUGCUCGGUAGAAUUUGUUGAAAAGGAUUUUCAAAAGCUAAAGGAGAACACUGCUCAGGCAGAGCCUUCUUCAUCAUACAAUUUUCAAUACCCCCAGCUUCCAAGAGUGUGCCUAUCCCCAUUUGCUGCCGAGUUCAUCCCACUUAAGCCCAACUCGUAUGCAGCUCUCUUUGAUCAAGUAAAAGACCUGGAAGAAGGAAGCCCUUUCAAGGAUGUUGAUUUUGACAAAAUUGAUGAUAGGAACAUGGUACUUAAGAACAAUGCACUAGAAGACAUCUGGGAAGAAAGAGAGGGGUCUAUUCUUUAUACGCACUCAGAAGGAGAAGACAAGGCCUUCAAUGACAACAUACUCAAACCUCUUCAAAUAGAUUACUCCAGGAUGUUCAAAACACCUUUCGAUUUGGGGAGAGAAUUCAAGGGUAGGCACAACUACUCUCCUUCUCAAAUAGUAACCCAAAGCGCUUUUGAAUGGUUAACUUGGAAGUUUUCUCUCGUUUGGGAUCUGCCAUUUCCUGGCUUGGGCUUGCUAAGGGCAGACAAAGGGUUGGAUUUAUGGUUGAAGCAGAAUGUUCUUAUGAUGAUGAAGAAGAAAUCGUUAAGGAAAAGGAACCGGAAGAAGAGAAAACGCAGGAACAAACGGAGCUUCCUAAGGAAUGGAGAACAUUGAAGAACCACCCGAUUGACAAUGUCAUUGGUGAUCUAACGCAGGGAGUUUCUACUCGUAAUUCUCUUAGGAACACAAUUAAUCACAUGGCCUUUGUUUCACAAA